GAACCAGGUGUCUCGGUUGUCCCUUGUCCCUUGGUGAGUUCCCUGCCAAGCUCUGAGGCCUUGUUGUCAGGAUGGCGGGCGGGCUGGCUGGCUGCGCCCUCGCCUGUUUGGGUGUGUUGGCCCUCAGCCGUCACUGCAGCCACCAGCCAGUCAGAACCUCAUCCCCCGCCCGGCGACCUUGCCACGCCCACACCUCGCCACGCCACGUCAUCUUUUGCCACACUCACGCCGUCUCGUCUUAUCACCAUCCUCCUGUGCCCGUAAAUGCAUCUCAUAGCGGGUCUCAUAACACAGGCUUUAACUCCAUGUUCAGGAAAGGCUUUGUGUUGAUAUUCGUGGCUCAAGGGAAGAUGCAGUGCGUGCCGUGAGAGGACAUCCGCCGCUCUCAGCCUCCCCGUCUCUCGUACACCUCUCAGCUGAUCGCCGCCACCAUUGCCAGACGCACUCACCUCCUCAUGGCCAGCUUCAUUUCAUCAUCCUCGUAACAUCUUUCACAUCUCCUCACACCUUUAAUAUCACCCCUAACACACAUAGCUCACCCCUAGCAGAGUCAUUAGUUACUAUCCUAAGACUGAAGGUGGUUUGGGAGUGUGUGGAUCUUUGAAAACAUGUGAAAUGAGAUGUAAUGCAGGUUCGCGGUACGAGAACUGCGGUUGGAGGGUCCGUCAGUCAGGUUGAGUAGAGUAGCAACCCCGCGCCGCUCACACGCACACUUUGACGCUAGUAACCAAGCAGUGCGCGCGUGUAUCGGUGACUUGGUGUUUAUAUUCUAGUGGUGGUGAUCGCGAGGAGUGUUUUAUUUAUGGUGAUUCAUAAAUUGAAAACAACAGGCGAAAUACACGUUCAUUGAAGUGCCUCUCGUCCCUACACUUACCAGAAAACAAAGUACAGUGCUCCAGAAUACACACAAUACACCCAAGGAAGUAUUGUGUAACGUGACAGGAAGAUAUAGUGAAAAAGAUAACUCGUGACAACCCGUGACUAUGAUCCGCACUGGUGCCUGCUGUGAGGGUGACGCCUGGUGACCGUCCCUGCGUGUGAGUACCGCCGCGGGUGUGACCAUGUGACUCUCGCGGCUACCACUAGGGGCGCUGCUCCCCCAACCACACACCUUCCUUACCCUUAAUUAAGUCUACCUGAACUAGAGUGUAGAAGUAUUUACCGAACUUGUGUGGCCUUAGUAUUGGUGAAGUGUAAUAUUCCGUCCCGAAGCACAAGAUAUCCUUCACCAGUAUUAUCACCAGCAUCAGGAACUAUAGACGGUGAAGUAGGCGACGAAGGUGCUUUCCUAUAAUUGCCCCACCAGUAUUAUCACCAGCAUCAAGCUAUCUAGACGGUGAAGGAGGCGACGAAGGUGUUUUUCUAUAGCAUGGCCAGAGCGGAUUGCCCUUCGGCCGCGCUACUGAGGCCUGCUGCGUGCUUCCUAUGGGCUGAAGGGCUGCCUCUGAUCUCCUUCCUGGCUCUCACCCUCCUGCUGCCGCUGCUUCAUCUCCGCCCCGUGCAAGCCAUCCACCAUGACAACAACAGCGUGCAGCCUUUGGGGAGCGGCAUCGAGGUGGUGACGAAGGCGCUGGGCGUGCUGGACGUGAGGGUGACGCCUGGGCCCGGCAACGUCUCCAUCAGCCCCGCGCAUGUCGUGGAUGGCAGGCGGAGCGUCCUCUCCAAGAAGACAGAUGUCACCUUGAGUCACAUACUGGGAGGCAAGGAGUUUUUCAGUAGCUUUCCUGCCGAGAACUUCACGUACCUGCGCAAACCGAAAUCCUGGGGAGGGUCAGGCCACUCUCAACUGUCUUACAAGGCGAACGCUAAACCGAAGAAGGCUUCACCUCAGCCCAAUACUGAGGAAAAAGAAGUGAGCGAGCCUGUGAAGGAAGAAAGUGCAACAGCUACUGAGACCACUCCCGCUGUUCACGCCCCCAAGGAAGACAGCUCCUCCACAGAAACUCAGAAAACAGAGGAUGGGGUUGGAGUUCAGUCACAGGGAAGCUCAGAAACACAGAAAACAGAGGAUGGGGUUGGAGUUCAGUCACAGGGAAGCUCAGAUGCAGAAGUUCCUGUAGCCACUGAGGCCACAGAGACAACUGAAACAUCACCUGAAGAGACGAAGGAUGCCCAACAGCCUGAGGUGGUUGAAGAGGCUCAGCAGCAGGAGGAAAAGUCUCAAGUUGAAAACCCCAAGGAAGAUGAUCAACCAUCGGCAACACCUACUGGGGAUGCUGAAGCUGAAAAGGAAUCCCCUCACCCACAGGAGGCAACAACAGAGUCCGCUGCUUCUGCUGAGGCGGAGGCGGUCACUGAAGCACCUGUGAUACCCUUAGAACAACCCACAGAGGAGGAGAAAACAACCACAGCAACAGAAGCGCUUGAUGGUAGUCCAGCAGCCGCGGAGUCAGGGAAUGAGACUGAAGAGGCUGUCAAGGGAGAGGGUGAAGCAGAGGCUGUGGCGGCAGUAGACAGUGAGGUCGAGGAAGCCACAGACGAGAAAACCAAUGUGACGGAAGAGGAAAAAGUGCCCGCUGAUGUGCCUGAAGCGGAGGAAGAUAAGGAAGAUAAAGACAAGCCUGCUGGUGACUCUGACGCCCCUGAGGAAAUCACCAAGAAAAAGAAGAAGCCAAGUGAACCCGAGAAACCCAAGAAGAAGGAUGCUGCAGAGAAGAGUCCGGACGCCAAGCAGGAUAAGCCGCCAGACACUCUCGAGACGUACAGCCAGUUCACGCAGCGAGUCAACGCCGAGAAGAAGAAUGACAUCGUGAGUAACGGGCAUGGCAGCAAUGGGCAUGGCAAGGGUCCGAAGGUGAAGAGCAAGAACUACGCCUCGCCAGACUGUGGCUCCAAGCUGCUGACGGCCAACCCCGAGGCCAGCCAUGCCUCCAAGGUGAUUCAUGCUAACAAGGACGAGUAUCUCCUCAACAAAUGUCGGGACAAGACCUGGUUCGUCAUUGAGCUGUGUGAGAGCAUCAGGCCGCAGAAGUUUGAUAUUGCCAAUUUUGAGCUGUUCAGUAACUUGCCCAAGGACAUCCACGUGCUGGCGAGCCACCGCUACCCCAGCAGGGACUGGACGCCCCUUGCCCGGGCCCGGGGCCAGGAGGGCAACCGUGCCGUGCAGUCCUUUCCUAUAGAGACGGAGGACUUCUUCAAAUACAUCAAGGUCGAGGUGCACAGUCACUACGGCUCCGAGUUCUUCUGUCCCAUCUCCCUUUUUCGCAUCUACGGCUUGUCGGAGUUUGAGGUGAUUGACACUGUGGAGGAGCCCGAGGAGCCUGAGGAGCCUGAGGAAGUGUUCAUUGAUGUCCCGGCAGAGAAGAAAGUCAAAGACGAGGGCAAGCCGAGCGUCAUCCCGACUGUGAUCAAGAACAUGUUCAGCGGUGUCCUGGAUGUCAUCAAGCGAGGGUACCGCCCCCGCAGUGCCUCCAGUGAACCCGGGGACAACUGCUACUCACUGCACCCUAGUUACAUAGUGGACAAGCUAACCUGCCAGCUGGCCGACUCCCUCAACUACAUCCUGUCGUGCUACCGUGCCGAGUACCAAGUGCUGAUGCGACGGUCCUUUGUGUCGCAGGUUAUUAAGAACUCUGGUUUCUGCCGCCUCUUGGCAUCCACCAUGUGCCUGAUGCCUGAGGUGAGUGACGGUGUUGUGUACGACACGGCCUGCAACAGCAGCUACCUCUGCAUCAUGCUGUCUCCCAAGCAUGUGCUGGCCAUGUGCUUCAUGCACGACAGCCGCAUCAUGGACUCCCAGGUGGCCUGUGAGUCAGAUGGCGGCACACUCCUGCCAGAAAACUUCUCUGCCACAACACCAGCCAUCAUGCCACCUGAGAACACGAUUCCUCCGUACGUGAAGAACGCCAAGAUCAACACCUCCACCAUCACCCGCACUGAUCCCGAUGUGCACAGCUUGGGCAGUUCCCUGACCCCAGACAGCCAAGACAUGGGUGCCAAGCAGUUCCCAGUUGAUCAUGUUGCAGUGAGUCCUGAGGAACCAGCACCUUCAGGAGUCCCUGAUGCCUCAAACGCUGAGGUCCCCAAGCCAAAGAAAGUGAAAGCAGCAGCAGGCAGCCAGGACCGGGGCGUGAAGGAGGCGGAGCAGCCAGACAACACCACGGAGCCUGAGGAGGGAGUGCCGGUGGAUGGCUCUGCCUUUGUGGGGCUGGAGCUGGCAGAGGAAGACCCUGCCAAGGAGGAGGAAGAGAAGCAGGAGGAAGAGGCUCCAGUGCAUGUCACACCUCUCCCUGCAGAGCCCAAGGUGUCCUCCACCUCCCCCACCAACAAGGAGUCUGUGGUGGUGCGACUGUCCAACAAGAUCAAGGCGCUGGAGUACAACAUGUCCAUCAGCAGCCAGUACCUAGAGGAGCUGAGCCGCCGGUACAAGCGCCAGAUGGAGGAGAUGCAGCGGCAGUUCAACCUGACCAUCGCUGCGCUCAACGCCACAUCCCGCCAGGCCUUCGAGCGUGACCAGCACCACCAGCGGGACAUCGAGGCCCUGGAGAUGCAGCUGGCCAGUGUCAGCGACCUUCUGGGCAAGCUGGUGGAGGAGCGGGAGAAUCUGGCGCACACGGUGGUGGAGCAGCACCUCCUCCUGAUGGUGGUGGAGGUGGUGGUGCUGUGUGUGGUGUUUGUCCUCUGCCACAAGAGGACGUCACGGGACAGGCUCAUGCAACUGGAGGGGCAGGACAGGAGGGCACAGACCCCAAGUGAGGACCCAUCAGACAGGCAACUGCUGGGGGGCAGCAGCAGCAGCGGCUGGUCAAGGGGUCGAGUGCGGCGGCGGUCAGUGGACAGCAUUACAAGGGAGCGCUCAGGACUCCAUCGUCGGUGCCGCCGCCCCAGCGAGGAGGCACUCAGGAUAUCUGGCACCUAUGAGGACCUGCUGAUCAUUGAACCAGCCAUCCCCAUCAUGGUGGACUCUGUCAGUGACCGUAGGAGGAAGAAAAAAUCCAGCAGUGGAACACUCAAGAGGUCUAAAUCCAAUGCCAGCAUCGUUGAGAAGUCUUGCAGCUCCACGAGAAGGUCUCGACGCAUUGAGACCCUCGACAUGUCCAGCGCUGGAGUGCUAUUUUGUGGGGACCAGGUGGAGGCCAAGGAGGCACCCAGCACCUCCCAGACUGACUCAGCCUCCCCACACUGUCCUGGUACAUCGCAGGAGCUUCCAGGUAGUGCAACCGUUGGCUCAAGGAUGUUUGUUGAAGAGGUCACAUCUGAUGGCCAUCCUCACGAUGGUACUCAGACUUCAAAGGGACAUUCGUUCAAUUGCUGCCAAAACUCUGAGAUUAGUAGCAAAAAAGGAUCAAAACUUUCAAAGUCCCACUCAGUAAGUUGUGCCUCAGAGAAACUUAAAAGUGGUGCAGAGAAAAAGAAGAUGAAAAAAUUGAAAAAGAAGAAUUUUAGUCAAGAAAGUCAGCAACACUUCGUACAUGAGUCAGAAUUCUAUCCAGCAGUUAACGGUACACCUUACAACGGGCAUGGCGAGCAUGCUCCCGAGUAUUAUUACAACGGCAGCAACAGUGUCCACUUCAGUGAGGCAACAGACACCUUGAGUAGUCACAUGUUUAGUGCUGAUGUUACUGACGGCAACAUUUAUGUGAACGGCAAUGAUUCUGUGGAUCAGGGUUACGUAGGCAGUGAUUACAUGCACUCUGGCUACACGUCAGGCUAUUCCGACCGCCAUAGGACUUCACCAGUGCCCAAAGUCAAGCUUCGCUCAGACAACUGGGAGUGGUACUCACUGCAGCACUUUGGCAGCAGCAGUGAGACGGUGAGCACUUGUAGUGACUCUAGCAAUAAAAUCAAGAAGGGCAAGCGUGAGGAUGUGCCACUCAUCGCCGAGAAAAGUGAUGAAAAGAAGGGAAAGAAAAAGAAAAAGUCAAAGGCCAGGUCAGUCACAGUGCUGGAGGAAGAGACCAAUGGUGGGACGUGACAACCACGGUGCCCCCGGUGCCACUGUAGUGUGUUCCUGGCCUGCUGACGGCAUGCAUGGAGGACUGCCAUGUUUGCCAGUGUUGCUGUGUUAAGGGUUGCCCUGCUGUGAUCAGCUGGGCACCGUAUGGGUUUAAUGAAUUUUAUAAUACUCUUUUGAGAAAAUAUUAUUUAUGUCAGCAUCAUGAAACCAUCCUGAUGAACAGGCUGUUUUCCAUAAACCAAAAUGUGCUGAAUGUGCUGUUUCUAUGCUGUGCUUGACAUUUUUUUCUAGAUUUUUUUAUAUCUCACAUUAAAAGCAAAAUAUUUUAUUGGAAGUGGUGGUUAAUUUCUGAAGCAUAACAUUGACAGCACAUUUGUUGAUAGUUCAUGUUGUUUAUAAAGUUACUAUGUGUUAGAUGUGGAUGUGCUCCUACUGCUGGGUUCUUGGCAGCACAGGCUUGUGGUGUUGAUGGUGAGUCUCCUACGUACAGUCACUUUUGUAUGGCACUACUACACAGUGCUUGGCAGGGCAGUACCAUCUGAAGCCAUGUUUAGGAGUGGCUUCAAAGUUCCUUGAAACAUUUAUGUUAGUUAUGAAAGCAGACAUUUGCAAUCUUCAGCUGAGGGAGUUUGUGGUGUAGUUUGACUGAAGUGUGACUUUUCAUACAAUUUGUUGCUGUGCAAAAAGAGAGAAAGAGAAAGGUGGGCAGAGUGAAAGGAAAUUAAUUCCAAGUUGAAUACAUUUAGCCAAGAUAACUCAGAGUUGUCAAGUCCUCUGAAGGAACUCUCCAUCCACAGCACAGCAUCAUAUGUGUUCUGUAAGAGUCAGUCGUGCUGGAGCGCACGUGGCUGGUGUAAGUGAUUUGUUCAAGUAGUGAUGUGUGGUGUUAAGCUACCAUGAAUUAACUUCCUUGCUGAAAAGCUCAUCAUAGUAUGUAUGGAGGCAUAUCUGGGAAGGUGGCUCAUGCCAGGGAAUGCAAUUUUUUUAUUUAUCAUUAGCGCUAAACGAUGUGGAGUUGAGCAAAAACACUGAAUGGAUUAGUCUAGGAGUUAAUAAGUUUCUCCUUUUUUCUCUUAUAUGACUAGCCCUGAUACUCCCUGCACUGACCUAACUCAGAGGAAUCUGGUGAACCUGAUUCCCCAAAUCGCACGAAUGAAAUUCAAAGCAGGACACUUAUUCUUUUCCACCUGCUGGGUAAGAUUAGUUACUAGUGACGAGAUGCUUAGUGCAGAAUCCUUUGUGUCCCAGAUACUUAAUUACACACCAAAACACUUUAUCUUAGAGUAGGCAAAUAAAUUUAUUCAUCAAUUUAUCAUAGAGGUAGUACGUAUAUUUGAAAUUUCUACAUUGAGUCUAUUAUCACCUUUUUCAGUGAGUUCCCAAAGUUCUGUAGUCUUGUGCAGCAAAGGUCUGUCAGGCAUGGCACUUGGCACCUCAGGCUCUGUUGUUUGGCACUGGUGGGUGGCUCUUGGCUGGUGACUGUGGUGUUGUCCCUAUAUUUAUUGUUCCACAGUCUCGACGAUCGUACAGGCUAGAUUAUUUAUUAUCAUUGUUGGUGUUGGUAAUAGGAACAUUGCGUUGUAUAGAUGAAGGUGUACGGAUGUCCAGUAGAGUAUUUGUGGCACGUCAUAUGCACCUUUCAACUUAGUACUCAUUAGGAAGUAAGACAAAACAAAAGAACUAUGUGCAGAAUUGAGCUAAAAUACAACAAAUGAAAAAUUGUUAAGAUUCCAUUAUUGAUCUUCGACAAGUUUUUGUUGAUAGCUCGCCUUAGUAUCUCCGAGUAAUUUCCUGGAUUACUAAUUUGAAAGGUGUCUGUGGAUUUGUAACCACCUCCUAUGAGUGAUACUGUGAAGGGAAGAUUUUUGUGUAGACAGGAGGUUGUGGGGGUGUCUGGACGUGACCUGGAAAGAUUUAUUUGAACAAGCAGCUUUGAGGGAGCCAAGUGUUAUGUUACUGUUGACUGUUGGGAGGAUUCUUAUGAACUUAUGAGGAUUCUUUGGUUAUGAACAUGAUGAUGGUGUCUUGUACUCAUGUCACUUUUGCAGAUGAAUAGUUUUGUGCACGGAUGAAGUUUUGAGCAGACGUAAGUGUUCAUGUUGCUGUGGACUGUAAGCCGUUUACGAAGGAUGAUUUUCUUUGGGUGUUAAGGUUCAGACAAGGGUUUCUCUCUAAUGUUGGUAUGAGGGUAAUAGUUUGCGCACAGAGGAAGCUUUGAAAGGGCCCAGUGUUUGUAUGUGUGUCGCUGUAGGGUCUUUCCACACAUGAGAAAGUUUGCUUUGGACCUGGAUGGGACGAGGACAUCUUUCUAUGUUGCGCUGAAGAUGAACAGUUUGUGUGUGGAUGAGGCUUUGAGGGAGUUCACUGCUGAUGUCACUCUGAGCUGUAGGCAUUGUGUCCAUCUCCACAAUCUAAUUUUAGGAACACUACAUUAUAAUCUACAUUCUACAUUUUACAUUCUCCGCACAUUUUCUCUCCUUCCACAAACAUCAAGCCACACAUAGUAGAUUUGGACGUUCUCUCUAUACACUGGUGGAGCGUCAAGGAUGAAUGAAGGCAAGCUUGCUCAGUGAGGCUUUAGACUAUUGGCAAGACCCGCAAUCAAAGCUCCACGUGCCAUUUGUCCCCGCCACUAAUGACUGUCCCUGAACUGUGAUGGAAAGUUUUCGUUCUUAGUUCGUUAGCAUCUUUGUUCAUCAGUCCACCAAGUGCUUGUAGGUUAGCGUCAACGGCAGAAGAGGAAAGUUUAGCCUGUGCUGUGAGAGUGUGUUAGUUUUUUUUAUUUUUUUUUAUUUUAUUUUUUUAUUAUUAUUAUUAUUAUUAUUAUUAUUAUUAUUAUUUUUUUUUUUUACAUUUGUAGGAGUUUUAAGUCUUGUCCACCACACUGCACCAGCCACUUACAGGAGAGUGCAGCUGACAUGGCAUCAACUUGAACUAGUCAGAUGUGUGUUUACAGUAUUUUUUUUAUAUUUAUGAUUGGUGUUUUAGGUAUGGCAUUAUAUAAUUAGGGAAAAUUAUUAUCUUUUUGCGGUACAUUUAUAGGGUUUAAUUUAUAGUAAUGUAAAUAGGACUCAGAGGUGUGUGUGUGUGUGUGUGUGUGUGACUAAUCAGUUGUUCCAGCAGUCAUUUGUUAAUGUUGGAAAACUGCUUGAUUGAAAGAGCACGAUGUUCUUUUCCCAGAUUAUGUUUUAUCAGAGGCUCAAAACAUCCCAUUCAGACAUCUUUUUCUCCCAUUUUCGUCUCGGCUUAACUUGUACAGAAGGUUUAGUGGGACGCCGAAAAGUGUCCGUGGUGAAGCGUGAGUGUACUGAGUUGAUGGUGCUCUAACCGGCAACAGAAAGCACAGGGGCUCCAAUCCUAUGUGAGGGUUGAGUGGUGACAUGUGUGUGUGUGUGUUGAAAAGGAGUAUGAAUAAUGUGAAUAAUUAUCAAUGGUGUUAUGUUUGAGUCAUACCCUGAGGUGAUGGCUGUGUGAUUAGGUGAGUUUGCUUUUGGACUGUAGAAAGAAAAAAAGGCAAACACAUGUAUGAUUGUCUUGUCUUGUCUUGAGAUUAUAAUAGUUUGUUCAUCUGUCGUUUGAGGUUCAAGUGAUGGAUAAUCUGCAUGAGUUCCUGUUUUUGCACAUCUCCCUUCUUUCUCACCUUCCACCUGCCCUCCACCACCUCUCCUUUGACCAUUGAAUUAAGUAAUGAAUGAUCUUUUAAUUAUGAGUUAUUUUUGCAUGGUCUUUGUCACCUCUCCCUGUUGCCACUCCUCCUACCCUCCACCAUUCCCCCCUACAUCCUUUCCACUUGUCCAUGUAAGGUAGGGAGCACGAGGAUGUAAAUGAUUGUUGAUAUUAUUUUGAUACUGUUGUUGGUGUGGCAUAUACAACUGUAGAAUGCCCAAGUGACUGUGGUGAAGAUAUUUAUUUAUGAUGCGAGGCUUCCUACCUUACCCUACCCUGCCAAACCAUACCAUACCAUACCAUACCGUUCCAUAUCCUACUUUCCCUGCCCUGCCCUGCCCUACUCUACCGUCUUUCCUCUCCCUGUCUGUUGCUGUCUCCUCCUGGACGUGCCCCCUCCCUGCACGUAGGUCAACCCAAACUGAUCUCCGAAUGUCACAGAAAAAAAGCACUGCAUUCAAACACUUGCACUCACUCACAACACACACACACACACACACACACACACACACACACACACACACACACACUUACACACACUCACUUCCACACACUCUCUCAAAUAAUUAAGUGUUGCCAUGAAAACUCGGAACAUUUUAAAUACGAUUUCUUCCUCUUCCUGAAUUUGAACUCCUGUUAAGAAGUCCUAAAAUAGUAACUGUAUUAUUUUAAGGAUGAGAUAAUCUUUCCCCAUUUUACAUACUUGCUGUGAUCUUAGUGAGAUAUUUAAGAGAUUAUCUGAUCGUGAUGGAAGGUUUGGAAAUGUGAUGUUUUUUGUGUCCUGUCUCGAGGGAUUUUUACGAUAUUAUUUAUUAGGGACAACUGCCGGGUGGGAGUCAGCGUGUGUGUGAGGCUUAGCUUUUUUUUAAGUCCAUACAGUACACACACCAGAUUGUCUCUAGUCUGGAGUCUGAUGGGAAGUGAAGGACUGUUCUUUGCCAUCGAAUGUGGAAUAGCUGUGUUUAUAUUGACGUGAGGAGGAACUGUGUUGUUAUGUGUUAGCUGAGCUCUGUUCCCCUGAGUACCGGAGCACCUCAGAGUGUUUGAAGUGAUUGUGUCCCCGACUGUUUGGGGCACCGAGGAGGCAACAUUGUGUUCUCGUCUCGGGUGUGUCGACGUUCGUUCGUGUUACUGUGGAGUAAAAGUCUGUUGGGUUUGUUUUAUUGAUAAAAUGAGAAUUUCCGGAGGAUCGCUGGAACAUAUUAGUUAGGCGCCAGUCGUUUUUUAUUUUUACCUUUACAGUGGAAGGGAUGUUUGUUACCAGAAACUGUGACAGCAGAAGCAGGAGGUUCACGAGUAGUGACAUCCUGCUUCUAUAUUUUCUCAUUUUUUGUCUGUUAAACAGAUGAACUACCAAUAAAAACUAUAAAUGAA